AAAGCAGUUACCGGCGUAUUGUUAUUGCCAUCGGUCUGGCCGGUAAUCCACCAACAACGCCGUACGGAGGUCAGGGAUGCUUUCAGGACCGCGGACAGCAGCUGACAGAUCAAAACUCCCGUUCUGUCACGAGUCUUUUCAUAAUCUGCAGGAGCUGAGACACAGCGCCUCGCUGGCCAACAAGGUGUUCAUCCAGAGAGACUACACUGAAGGUACCAUAUGCAAGUUCCAGACCAAGUUCCCAUCUGAGCUGGAGAGCAGGAUUGAGAGGACUCUGUUUGAAGACACUGUGAAGACGCUGAACAACUACUAUGCGGAAGCAGAGAAGAUUGGAGGGCAGUCCUACCUGGAGGGCUGCUUGGCCUGCACCACUGCCUACCUCAUCUUUCUGUGCAUGGAGACAAGAUACGAGAAAGUUCUGAAGAAGAUCUCCCGCUACAUCCAGGAGCAGAAUGAGAAGAUCUACGCCCCCCGAGGCCUCCUCGUCACAGACCCCAUUGAGAGGGGCAUGAGAGUUAUCGAGAUCUCCAUCUACGAGGACCGCGGCUCCAGCGGCUCCAGCUCUGGCAGCAGCUCCACCACCUGCAGCAGCGGCCGAUGACUGCGGCCUCACAGAACUACUUCAUGGGCCCCACCUGAAACACUACCCCUCACCUGCUUACUUUUGUUUUACUUACACACACACACAUACACACACACACACACACACACACACACACACACACACACACACACACAUACACACACACACACACACACACACACACAACACACACACACACACACACACACACACACACACACACACACACACACACACACACACACACACACACACACACACACACACACACGCAUACACAUACACAUACACACACACACACACAUACACGUGCACUCAAUACACACACAUGCAGCAUACACACCUACACCUACACCCACAUACUCUCUCAUUGGGCCUGCAACCUUUUGUGCCAGACACCACCAUAUAUCAUCGAUGCAAAUGGAUGUCAGAUCCUGAGGUGGAUCUCACCGCACUGCACCACACCACAGCCAAACCAGAAGAGGCUCAUCCAGCCAGGCCUUUAACCUGAAGAACCAUCCUGAGAUGACCAAACUGGACCUUUGAUUACACCUAAACUGCCUGAAAAUAGAAGUGUUGUAGGGUAGCACAGCCACCCAUGUCCACAGAACCAGAACGUCACUAACUAUGGGAGCAUUAAUGGCAGGGCGGAGCUUCAGUUCCCACGCCAGAACAGUGCAACCUCUCGGAAGUUGCCCACUAGUGAAAUGAGCCGCUAGACUUAGCACUAUGGACCAAGUUUACAUAGACCUCUAUUGUUCUUUUAUGCAAAAUAACACAUGGCAUUGAUGUAGCAACGUUUGGAAACUAGAGGAGUUGAAGUAAGUCUUCCACAGGACAAUAGAUGGUUCCCAAUGUUAUUCUCCUUUCUGUUCAACUUCUGUGUGUACUCAGUGCUUGUCAGAUUUCCAAAGAACCAUUCAUAACUGCCAUGAACCCAGCCUCCUUGGUAGACAGUGUUUUUUAAGCCUUUUUUCAUAUUAUGCAAAUGUGUGAAUUGUAUUUCUUUAAAGUGCUAUCACUGAAAUAGCGUUUUGCUGCAUUGAUGAUCUAGUAAAGAUAACACAAACAGUCACUUGCCAA